AUGUACAAGGAAUCUUCCGUCAUGCAGUUUUCGUGCAGUCGUAGCAGUCCUGCGCGAAGCCUGCUCAUGUGGCGCCAAACCCUCGUCGUGUCAGCGUCAACUGUUCGCUGGAUUGUAAGCAGGCGGAGGGGCGUUGGGCCAGUAGAGAUCCAGCAGCUGCGUGGCGCGGCGCGCGCCUGUGUCGACCAGACGCAGUGCAGUUGUGGCCAGUCUGGCGGUCCUCCACGACUUGUGCCGCGGAGACGUCGUUCGUUUUCGGCGCGCCGUGUGGAUGGGCAGAAAGAAAAGAAUUGCCAGGAUGAUGGUGGCAUUUCACCUCCCAUGACCCAUUGA